CCCCUGGAGCACAAGCCAUGCUUUAUCCUGUGACCCGCUCAUUUCUGUCUCAGGCACAGGAAACCCCUAAACUCUCUCAGCCUUGCCCCAGAGCCUGCACACACUCUCUCACACACCUCAGUGUGCUCAGAGACGAGAAUGGCUGUACGAAGAAUGAAUGAGUUCUGGAAAACAAUGGGUCUGGCUUUAAUGUUCGGCUUUCUUUUGCUUCACAGUUGUCAGGGACAGGACCCAGCAGAUCAGUCAGCAAAUCCGUCAACAGGUCCGUCAACAGGUCCGUCAACAAACCCGGAAAAAAUUGGGGCUACAAACCCGACAGGAACCCCCACAGCAGCCCCGACAGCAGCCACGACAGCAAAUUCAGCAGCUGCAGAUUCAACACCAGGUCCUGCAGCAGACCCAACUUCUGGGCCUGCUAUUCUAGAAACAACUGACACAAGAAAACUAGGUUCUUUUGACACUACUGGCAAGGCUGCCAACACUGCUGAUGCCAGCCAGCUUACAUCUGUACCAGGACCAUCAGAAACCACAGACACAAUCAACUCUGAUGUAAAGUUGAUGAUGAAUCCACUCUCAAAUCAAGGUUCCCAAAUUACACCAAAUCAAAAGCAAGAAGAGAAAGGGUCUUCUCCUGCUGUUUUCGUGUCUGUGCUGGUGGCCGGCUUACUGCUUGCUGCCAUAAUAGUCGGCAUAUACUACUUCAAGUGUCAUCGCCGAACCAACGGCAAAGGCAUGAAACUGGCUGAGGAGUCUUACAUGGCUGACGAGGAGAACCAGGGUAACACUCUGGUGUCUGUGGCCCCUCUAAACCAACCCGAGCCCCAGGAGAAGCCCAGUCUUAACGGAGAGUCACAAGAGGCAGUUAAGGCCCAAACUCCUCCUGCUGCCACCAACGGCCACUCUACCACCAAAACAGCAGACACCGAGUUGUGAACAAGCCGAUCUGCCACCAAGGGUCUGGGCGUAACGCUCAGUCCCUGCUUCUUAAACCCAGCUCAAUCUACUGCAUUGACCUUGGCCAUAAGGCACAAGGGAGACAAAGACACUGAGAGUCAAAUUCCCACUGCAAAAUGUUAAAUGUUCAAUUUAAGUUCAUACAGAACAACUUUUGAGGCAAAUUUGUCAAGUAAUCCUCCUCCCGAUCUAUCGAAAUAAAUGUACACGUUUCAGUGCUAUAUGAAAGAUUGUUGUCCGUUCAGAAAGCAGUUGUAAGUGCCAGUUAUGACAGUGAUGAUUUAUACAAAGAACAUUAUAUAAAUUCAAUCAAAAUAUGAUGCAAAAAAAAAAAACAUUUUAGUCCAAGAGGUUCACCCUUUGAGUAUAAUACAGUACUGCUGUGGGGUGGGGGACCUUUCCCAUGAGUCAUUGCUGGCUUCCAUAAGAGCAGCCAGGGCUGGAACUGAACGCCGGGAGGAUCCUUGCUCCUGUCCCAGCGCUCUACAGCUGCCAGCUGAGAGUAAAUCACAUCACACCACAGAGAAACAUUCAGAAUCCAAUGGACGUGAGUUGUGUUUUUGUUUGCGACGGGUUGUUUGUGUGAUUCUAGACUGUAUGAAAUGUUCUAUAUGUCCGUCUUUGUGUACAGUAUGAUUUGACUAGUUAAUAGUCUUGUAUAAUUUUGUUAAUAUCACUGCAUGACAACGUAAUGAUUUCUGGAGUUGCUGAGCAUGAGAAAUCAGUUCAAGCGUCAAUCUGUCAACUCCAUUUCAUUGCUGCAAACAACCCUUAACGUACAGUAAAAUCCAACCAAUUAGAUAUGCUGCAAAGCCCGUUAGUGCUCAGGGUGACAGCUAAUUAUUAUCUGACAUUUCUGGAUUGUGUUACAGCUUUACCGUACUUUGUAAACCAGUAUUAUGCUCUUUUUGUAAUAUUUUUAUUCUAGACAUUUAGAUGUAGUGUUUAUGGAUUGAGUGACUGACUUAAUCGUUUGAAUGACCUGCCUUAAUUACUAGAAGUUUCUUGGGUGGGUGCGUUUAUUUUGUAUAUGCAUUUGCUACUACACUGUACAAAAGUCAUUAGGCAAAGAAAUGAUGUAAUUGGGUGCAGCCAUGAAACCCUGGAGCAUCGUUUUUAGUUUUAGUCAAUUCACUCCAAUACAGUGAAAAACAGUGCAGACAAAAAAAAUAUUUCUACAUUACUUUUAAACCCAUAUCUUGUUCAAAUGCUUUACACUUCUUCACAAAAUUUCUGACACAAGACUGACUAAACUUGGGGUCAAAAUUUGGUGCUAGAGUGACUGUAUCUCUUAAAAUAAACCAAUAGAAAAUUAUGUACAUACAUAUGAAUACCAUGUCCUUUAUUUCAACUAUGACAUUUUGUUUUAACAUUCCGAUGUUCCGUCAUAUUUUGGAUCGGUGUACUAGCAUUGUGUUAAACUGAUGUAUGUUUGUGAUAGGAAUAAAGUUUUGAAAAAUAAAUUGAUAUGUGAAACUAUUCAUUUCUACUUUA